AUGGAUGGUUCACUCCCAGACGAUGAACCGCUGCCAGAGGUUAUUGUGAUUGCAUCCGACGGGGAUGCUAUCCUUGACGUUGUAUUCGAGUCGUCUCGCGAGACUCUGACAGCUGCACGCAAGGCUGCCCAGGUCCGGCCAACUCUGCGCGCUCGGGAUGGCGCCGCCAAGGCCGUGCCAAAGGCCAGGACGAGGGUGGCGUAUAGAGUCAAGGUCGACGCGCUGAGAAAGCACUCCAAAUACUUUGAUAACCUCUUGGGCGACACCCGUUUCCAAGAGGCAAAGACCAUAGUGGAUGCUUUCAAGAACAUGUCUCUGAGGGGUGUCGAGCCCGCCGAGCUGGAGGAUAGAGAGCUCCCUCGAAUUCCACUCGGAGACGAUGAUGAAGCCACGAGAUCGGUCGGCAGAGACGUCGUCUUUGCCGAGCUCCUCCGGAUCCUUCACCGCAAGGAGACCGUCAAGACGAUGAAAAACCCUCCGACCCUGCUGCAACUUAGCAUGCUGGCCGUGCUGGCUGAUCGUUUUGACUGCAAAGCGCCGGUGUCUGCGUAUAUGCGCGGCCUGCGGUUCAAAUUUCCACAACCGCGCACUCGGGUCCUGCAAGAUGAAGGGGGACCUCCAGUCUUGGCUAACGAGGACUCGAUAAGGCAGAAGAUCCUGACGUCUUGGUUGCUAAACGAGCCAGCCAGGUUCCAGACGGGAACCAAAGAGCUAAUCCUCUUUGGCUCUCGCAACUGGAGCCUCUAUCGCGAGGAUGAGGAAUCACAGACUGCCCUUUGGUGGGACUUACCGGACGGGCUUGAAAGAGAGUUGCAGUAUCGACGCGAGUGUAUUCUGAACUGCAUAGCUUCUAUCCAGAGCCACUUUCUCGGGCUAUACACCUCCCGCACGCGGCAGUGCAAGCUCGGUUAUAGCUCAAGCGUCGCCUGCGACUCCUUCCAGCUCGGGGAGAUGGUCAGGUUCUUGUCCAACAAGGAGCUCAUGUUUCUCGUUGAUUUUUCACCUGCGUCCGUAGACCAGGUGUCUGACUGCUCAACUACCGACAUAUAUCACAUCCUCUCGACGUUGAAACAAUGUCCGAGCUACCAGAUUGACAACAACCACACCAACUGUGGGCUCAGAACAAGGAUCUUGCCCAUCCUUGAGUAUAUUCACUCCAUGCUCUCUUCCAGCAUCGUGGCGAUCUCACGAAACGCGUGGGAAAAGGACCGGGAAGGCACAAGUUGGGCACCCCGUGGAGAUGGCGAUGAUGGGCAUGCCAAAGUCUUCAAAUUCACACGGUCCUUGUCCGGUGACCAGCGGCUCCGCUUCGAAGGUGCAAUGGCUGCCGACCGUAUGGCACGAGAACUGUUCACAUCUACAGAGUGGGAUUGGACUCCUGAGACGUAA